UUUCCCAAUACCAACCGAAGAUCGAUACUCGAUAUACGUAUAUAUACUGUAUACAGAUAUCAAGCUUCUUCCGAUCAAAAUUCGAUACAGUUUGUUGAAAAUUUUGAGAGAGAGAAACGAUGGAGAAAGCAACUGAAAGGCAAAGAGUUUUGCUGCAGCAUCUCCGUCCGUCCUUCACUUCAUCAUCCCUCGAAGAUAUCGAUUCUUCACUUUCCGCAUCGAUAUGUUCUGCAGGGGAUAGUGCAGCGUACCAUCGGUCUUCUGUCUUUGGUGAUGAUGUGGUUAUAGUGGCUGCCUAUCGCACUCCACAGUGCAAGUCAAAGAGGGGUGGAUUCAAAGAUACCUAUCCAGAUGAUCUGUUAGCUCCAGUUCUGAAGGCAUUGAUAGAAAAAACAAAUAUAAACCCAGCUGAAGUUGGGGACAUUGUUGUGGGCUCAGUGUUGGCUCCAGGGUCCCAAAGAGCUAGUGAAUGCAGGAUGGCUGCAUUUUAUGCCGGUUUCCCUGAAACUGUACCUGUUAGAACCGUGAACAGGCAAUGUUCUUCUGGCCUUCAAGCUGUAGCUGAUGUGGCUGCUGCUAUUAAAGCCGGAUUUUAUGAUAUUGGGAUUGGUGCUGGGUUGGAGUCAAUGACCACUAAUCCGAUGGCUUGGGAAGGAUCAGUCAAUCCAAGAGUAAAAACAAUGGCAGAUGCACAAAAUUGCCUUCUACCGAUGGGUAUUACAUCAGAGAAUGUUGCACAUCGUUUUGGUGUGACAAGGCAGGAGCAAGAUAAGGCUGCAGCUGAGUCACAUAGAAAAGCUGCAGCAGCCACUGCAUCAGGCAAAUUUAAAGAUGAGAUAAUACCGGUGAAAACAAAGAUUGUGGACCCAAAAUCUGGGGAUGAGACUCCAGUUACAAUAUCUGUUGAUGAUGGGAUCCGAGCAUCCACAACCGUGGGAGAUUUGGGCAAGCUAAAACCUGUUUUCAAGAAAGAUGGCACAACCACUGCUGGGAAUUCCAGUCAAGUGAGCGAUGGUGCUGGAGCUGUUCUACUCAUGAAGAGAAGUAUUGCUAUGCAGAAAGGACUUCCUAUUCUUGGUGUAUUCAGAACCUUUGCUGCUGUUGGUGUAGAUCCUGCCAUCAUGGGCAUUGGUCCAGCAGUUGCAAUUCCUGCGGCUGUCAAAUCUGCUGGUCUCGAGCUUGGGGAUAUUGAUCUUUUCGAGAUAAAUGAGGCAUUUGCUUCACAAUUUCUGUACUGCCAAAAGAAGCUUGAACUCGACCCUGAGAAAAUCAAUGUGAACGGUGGUGCUAUGGCAAUUGGACAUCCUUUGGGUGCAACUGGAGCUCGUUGUGUUGCUACCUUGCUGCAUGAAAUGAAGCGUCGUGGAAAAGAUUGUCGCUUUGGGGUUGUGUCAAUGUGUAUAGGGACUGGUAUGGGAGCUGCUGCUGUUUUCGAAAGAGGUGAUUCGUGUGAUGAGCUUUGCAACACUCGUACCGUGAAGAACCAUAAUUUCCUGUCGAAGGAUACACUCUAAACUUGAAGUCAGCUUCACAAAAUAAAUUCCAAUAAUGUUGCAUCUCUGUCAGAGAUCAAUACGGCCGCGGCAAUAAAAUUCAUAGUGCUAAGCUAUGUCCAGACUACACAAGAACUUCUUAAGUAAAGCAUUUAGAAUUCAUCUUUGAAUAUGUGUCUUGUAUUUCGUCCAGAUUUAAUUAUUUCUACAAAUGAAUGCUCAUAUUUACGCGUCCAA